AGCUCACACUGUCAGGAUAGCCUUGAGGAAGAAAUGCUUCCUGCAAAAUGCACAAAAACGAAUUAUUGAGCCCCACCCCCAAAAUGGGCGUGGCUGAAACUCAAGGAAGCUAAUGGCUGACAAUCAAAGGUGUAUAUUCAAGGUGGACCAUGUCCACUUUCAGCUCCCCUAUGCUACAUGUCCAGACUGCUCAGUGCAGCUGCUUCAGAGUCAGCUCUGCAGAUCCGUGUGGUUGAGGGUGGAGAAACUAAGCACACACUACCGCUGAGUUGCAUCCGCUCCAUCGAGGUUCACCAGCCUAUAUUCAGUGCCAACUACAUCAGUGGAGAGUACUCUGAGCAAGAUUCGACUACUACAUUCACAAUCACCUUCAAUCAGGGAGGAGCAACAGAUUUUGCUCGAGCAUUCUUCAGAUUAACAGAAGGUCAACUAGUUACGAAGACCACUCCAAACGAACCAACAGUACCAAGCGAAGAGAAAAAGACAAAAUAGCUGUAGUCUAUCUCGAUCCAUUUGUAUUCUUGUGAUUAUUCUUGAAUCAUACCUUUGCAACUUUG